AUAAACGCAGCAAAAAUCAUCCACCAUUCAGUAGCAGCACCAUUGCCCCUGCAUUCACAUUUAAUUUGAAGAUCUGGCCCGGGAGUGACGAACGAAUUCAGUAUUAGGGUAAUAGUAAUAGCAAUCACAGUGAAAGCAGAGAAGUGGAAUAACCUCUGCACUCAUUACGAACAUGCUUAAUAAGCUGCUGCCUCGAAUGAUGGGUGCUUUAUUAUAAGAAUCACAGUAAAUUUAAAAGACCUUCCACCACGAGAGUUAAAGUUUGUGGUAGAAACGUAUCCAUAUACUCCCAUUACACGCUAAAGAUGGGAAUGAAGCUAGUUUUCGGGUUCGUGCUUUUAAUUAUCUCAACUAUUCCUGACGGCGCGAGGGCGCAGUACAGUGGAUGUGAUUAUAGCAUUGACGUAGCCAGUGGUCUGUCUUACACGAUAUACUCUCCCAACUACCCUGGAUACUAUCAACCGAACUCGCAGUGCCGAUGGACACUAAGCACUACUCAAGGAUCGCGCAUCGCUCUAUCCUGCAGUGAAAUAGCUAUUCCCUCGAGCUCGUCAUGUGCCACCGAUCGACUGGUUGUGUCGAAGAAUGGUCAAUCGAAUCUUUCUGAUGGCCAAGCGUACUGUGGAACUGGAGUUCUGAACAUCGAAUCCACCUAUAACAGCUUGGUAAUAGCACUGCAGGUUGCCGGAACUAGCUACGGUGGACGAUUCUACUGCACGGCAAACAAAAUAGAAUGCCAGUGUGGAAUGCGGCGUAAGAAAAAAAUUGUAAAUGGAAUCGAAACGCUAGUGAACGAAUUCCCAAUGAUGGCCGCGUUAGUCGAUGGUUCCGGUGGGGAAGGGAUAUUCUGCGGUGCAACAGUCAUAACCAACUACCAUGCGGUGACGGCAGCUCACUGUUACAUGGGACGAUCGUUACCGAAUCUCGGUCUUCUUGUGGGUGACCACAAUAUAACUUCCGGCUCCGAUACGCCCUAUUCAGCUCUGUUACUCCUGUCUUCUAUAAAGCUCCACGAAAGCUACAAUCCUACGAUUGGCACGAACGACAUAGCGAUCGUGAGAACACGUGCGGAGAUCAUGUUCAACACCGGCGUUGGGCCCGUCUGUUUGCCCUUGAAGUAUUAUGGUGCGUCAUUCGUCGGUAUCGAGCUAGAAGCGGUCGGUUGGGGAACUCUCGACUAUGGCGCCCCAAAGUCGAACGUUCCCAUGAAGGUCGGGCUAACGGUCGUCAGUGGUGCACAAUGCUCGGCGAUCUACCCCAACUUCUCCGUCACGCAACAGCUGUGCACACUAACCGCCAACAAGGAUAGUUGUCAAAGCGAUUCGGGCGGUCCGCUGUUCUAUACCGAUGCGUACAAUGGGCGCGUUUAUCUGGUCGGCAUUAUCGGAUACGGUAUUGCUUGUGCAUCGAAUCAACCAAGCGUCAACACAAACGUACUCAAUUACAUGCAGUGGAUUACGACGAAUACGCCCGAGUGGAACUACUGUUAUCAAUAAAUG